GCACCACGUGACUUCCUUUCUGCUCUAAGCUGACAACAUGGACGCCAGCCGCGUGCAGCCGAUCAAGCUCGCAAGAGUCACCAAAGUGCUCGGCAGAACUGGUUCCCAGGGACAAUGUACACAGGUCCGUGUGGAGUUCAUGGAUGACAGCAACCGCUCCAUCAUCAGGAAUGUGAAGGGCCCAGUCAGAGAAGGAGAUGUGUUAACCCUCCUCGAGUCCGAAAGAGAAGCCAGGAGGCUGCGAUAGUGCCCGCUGAAAUUGGGGUGCCGAUCCAGGAGUUGAUGCCGUCGGGUUCACCAUGGACUAGAUCUCCUUUUCAGAUGUUUUGAAAUAAAAUUGGAUAUUGAGAUGA